AUGGAAUCACAGGUCAACACACAAGAGCAUUUGCAUAAGAAAACCAAUGAGAAUCUAUCGAGAAUGAAAUUGCUAACAAACUACUUCCGUUCAACAAUAUUCCAAGGUGUCGUUCUCGGUUGGAUUGUUUUCAUCUCGACAUUAAUAUCUGCGAUUUUUGCAGGAAUGUGGUGCCAUAUGACUGACUUUAAUGUUAUAUGGGAUUUACGUAUCGGUUUAUAUUUAACGGUAAUAACAGUAAUCACAAAAAUAACGUCUGUUGUUGUAGGGUUCAUGGUGCCGGCUAUUUUAGCAGGAAUAUUUGCCUUUAGCAAAACACUCUCUCUAAAUGGUUCAGGCACAACAAUCAGUCAAUUAAUGGAAGCGUCUAUGUCACGUGGUCUAUUAAGCACCAUAAAAGCCUGUUUCAAUUCUGGCCAAACUCGUAAACCCGCUAUCAUUGUUGCUUCAGUAUUGAUAUGGCAAUAUGCAGCAUCAGCAGCUGAUUUGUACGUCCAUGUUACUGCUAUCGGAAGUACCCAACAACUGCCUGGAUUAAUUAUUCCAAGUACAAGGUCAAUAGACAUAGCAAAUGAUUGUUCUGAAACUGAUAUCAAUUCUUGUGGACAAAAUAAAAGAACCACAUCGAAUCACAUUAGAGCAUUGGAAAUAUACCAAAAUAUGAGCGAUACCUUACGAGUUUGGCGUAGUGAUGGAGGCGUUUACCUUUUGCAGUCCCCACCUCCGGAACAAGCCUAUGCAUACUCGGGGUCUGGUCUAUUUUUACAACCUUCUUGUGAGCCCAUCAGUAGCAUUUGUAAUUUAAAAGCCAGAUAUGGCUCCAGAACUGAUUAUACCUGCCCUGAAACACUAUGGUCCGCCUCAGGGAACACAGUAACGGAACUAUCAGUUGUAAAUGUUACUACUAAUAAUUAUGACUUAGCAGCGGGAAAAUACAUAGCAUCUAAUCCAAUACAUGCAAUUGUCACUAUACGCUAUCCUAAAGAUAUUUCAGCAACUUACGAUUCUGAGUUUGUGACUGAAGUACAUGGUGACCUUUCAAUCCUACUACACUGCCAAAUUCUUGUCUCAACAACUGAAUAUGUAAUCACCCUUGGAUCACUAAAAGCAAAACCGCUGGGAAAUCUGACAAACCCACAACUUGUGGUUCUUUCUCGAGCAUCAACUAGAGGAAUGUUUCUUCGAGCUGUAGAUGAUACCGAUUAUAUAGCUAGCAAAGGAGAUAGCAAAUUAUUUGCCAAUGAAUUUGCACUACAAUGGGCUCAUGCAACUGUCUCUUCAUUUAAUAGUGCGGUAGAAGAAAAUGGAAACGGAUAUGAUUAUACGCUUGAAGUGAUUAAGGACCAAACCAUUGUUCCACUUCCAGCCGUCUUGCUCUAUGUCAUCAUUAUCAUAUUUCCACUAUUGAUUUUCUCCUGUGUAUGUCUUUAUUCUUUACGAAAUUCAUGGUCGGGUGUAUACAUCAACUGGAUCCUUGCUGAGUUCCUCUGCACACCACAGAGACUACUUUAUCAAUCUUUAAUUGAGAAACAUUGUAUAGAAGAUGCUUGUUUGGAGAGUCUGGCAGUGCAGGAAAUGAGAAUUAGAAAGGUCAAGUGCAGUAUUGGGGUGAUGAAGGAGCAUUUUGAGUUGACAGCAGACAUAGAACAGUUUAAUUGA